AUGGCAGUUUUCCGAUGCGCCGUCUUUUUAUCUCCUUCGAGUUUCCUUCCGUCGUACUCCACCGGAAGGAGAGUUUCUAACCCUAAAUCCAAAGCUCAAGAGACAGUCAUAAUCGGAAUCGAAACGCCGGAAAAUGAUCCUUCAAGCGACGUAGUUUCUGAUGUAGAGGAGAUUCAGGUCUUAAGUAGCUCGGUUGUGUCAAAUGAGGUAAAUGGUAUAUCAACUAAGAUCUCUCCGAAGUUAGUAGCGAAGUAUGGAUUGUGGUUGAUCGGAAUAUUCGCUUUUCAAACUGUUUGUGCUGUUUUGUUUCUGGGAGACUCAACGAAAUCCGAGAAAACGCCGGAAGUUUCAAGUGAUAGUGAGGGUAACAAUUUGGUUUUGCUAGAGGAUGUUGAAAUGAAUGAGAAGAUUGCAGAGAUCAGAAUGAUGGCACGUGAAGCACGUAAAAGUGAGGGUAAGCAAGAAGAAGAUGAUGAAACUGGGAUUGAUAUUGAGAAAGAGAUAGAAGCAAGAUUGUCUAACAUGGAGAAACGGUUGAAUUCACAGAGGAAAGGUUUGGCGGGAUUGCGCGUAGAACCGUUGGAUGAAUCUGGAAAUGAUGAGAAAAGUUUGAUGUUUGAGAAGAAGUACAAGUUUAAAGCUGAGAAGCCUCCGAUGGGUAAUGUAAAAGGCUUUGGUGGAAGUAAAGGAAGUGAUGAGAUUAUGUCUGGGACUGAGAAGACAGGGAAAAAUGGAAGUGCUAGUGAAUCACGAGACGGUGAGAAGAAUCCUGAAGAACAACUACAAGAGUCAGUAUUCCGAGAUGGUGCUGCUCAGGAAUCUGAGCAAAGACGACCAUCAAACGAAGUUAAGAAGUCAAGAAAAUCUGGAAAUCGAGUGGGCGGAACACCAAAUAUGAAAGCUGGUUCUGGAUUUGGUAGCACUUCAUUGUCAGAGAAACAUGGAGACGUCAGGAAAGGAAAACCAUUGAGAAGAGCAAAGGAGAAACAAUCUGAGAAAGAGAAUAAAUUGUGGUGGCUCAAGCUUCCCUAUGUGCUGAGAAUUCUCAUGCGGAGUAAUAUCGAUCAAGACAUAUCUGAGGGAUAUUUUACCUUGAGGACCGAAUCUAUGGAACAAAAUGAGGGUCAAGUUUCACAUAUGAUUGCAUUUGAAGAUCAAAGUGAUGCUAGAAACUUCUCUUAUCUGCUUGAAUCAGUUUUUGAAGACUUGGAUGAUUUCAGUGCCGAUAUAGCUCCCGUAACAACCAAGGAUCUUUAUGAUGAAGUUAGUUCUGGUGGCAAGAAUGUGAUAGUUGUGAGGAAGAGGCAGCUUACGUUGUAUGCUGGACAACCAUUUGAAGACGUUGAAAGAGCUUUGCGAACUCUGAUUCAAGAACGAAGAUGAAAAAAGUAACAACAUUACUUCGGACUGAAAAAACUAGAGAGCCCAGAGAUGAUCAAUGUGGAGAUGACAGGGGCAGUAAGAACAAUGGUUCCACAACAACAAUUUUUCAUGAAGCUUAAAGAACCACUGAGCUUCUGUUGUAUUAUGGUAGUAGCAUUGGAAUUGA